UAAAAAAAAAAAGAAAUAAUAAAAAAAUUUCCAAGCACAUCAAGACCAAUGCAAUCGUUUAAAUUAAGAGUAAACCACCAACUGCUGAGCUUUAUCAUCAAGUAAAUAAAAUGAGCGACACAAAGAAACUACUCGAUGCAUUGCUGUGCGAUAUCUACGGCAGGCAGGAACAGUUAGCCAAGCGGAUGAGACGCUGCUGUAGGGAUCCUGUCUUCCAGCGAAGAUCCUCCAAAGAGAAGAAAGGACAACUGGCCCAAUUGGCCAGCGGAAUGGUGGGCAACCGGGAGACCCUGGAGCGUUUGGAUGUGCGCAAGCUGAUCGAUGUGUGUGCCAUUCUGAAGGUGGAGAUCCUCAUGCUUGGCUAUCUUCUGGAAAGGGUGCUCAUGGCCAGGGAUCGCCUGCAAAGGCAUCAGGAGGUUCUUUGCGAGUUCGUCACCGCCGUGUUGGUCGUAGAAAGUGACGAUGCACAGCCUAAAAUGCGUUUUAGCCUCUCACCACCGCCACAGAAAGCCAUUACCAGUGCCCGCCUAACCUCGCCCACUAAAAACAGCCAAAGCACUACCACCAAUUCCACCACCAUCCCCGGCAACAACAAUAGAAGCCCCAGCAGCACCAUCUCCACUAUGCUGGCUCGCAAUGGCGGAGGCCACGGAACCAGCCCUACCGCCUCCGGAUCUGGUCAUGGCCCCUCUGCUACCGCCACCGCCCCUUCUGCCUCUGCGGACGAUGAAGCCACCUCGGAUUACAACCAGUGGCUGCAUGCGAUGAAACUGGUGGCCCGUCUGCCCGGAGGCACACCACCCGAGUUCCGACGCAAGUUGUGGCUCUCGCUGGCGGAUAAGUACCUUAAGUCGAAGAACGUGGACUGGGCACAGCAGCGGGAGAAGUGCUUCUGCGAGGAGUGGCGCGAGGACGACGAAGAGCUGGGCAUCCAAAUCGUCAAGGAUCUGCAUCGCACUGGCUCGAAUCUGUGCACCGGCCCCGCGGGCUCCAUUAACCAGGCCAAGCUUAAGCGCAUCCUUCUCGGCUACGCGCGCUACAACCCUGAGGUGGGCUAUUGCCAGGGAUUCAACAUGCUGGGAGCCCUUAUACUGCAGGUUAUGGACAAGGAGGAGGAAGAGUCCAUGAAGGUCAUGAUCUAUCUGGUGGAGGGCGUACUGCCCACGGGCUACUUCUAUGGAUCGAUGGGUGGCCUACAGGCAGAUAUGGGCGUCUUCCGGGAGCUUAUGCAGACAAGGCUGCCACGUCUGGCAAAGCACCUGCAACGAUUGCAGGGACCCGUGGAGAAUGCCUUCGAACCACCGCUAACCAAUGUCUUCACUAUGCAGUGGUUUCUUACUAUGUUCUGCACCUGCCUGCCCAUGUCCUGCGUCCUGCGCGUCUGGGACCUGGUCCUAAUUGAGGGCAGCGACGUCCUUCUUCGAACCGCUCUUGUUCUCUGGAGUUUGCUUGAAGAGCGUGUACUCAGUGUCCGAUCGGCUGAUGAAUUCUAUGGCAAGAUGGGGUCUUACUCUAGUGAGCUCCUCAAUGGUCACCUAGUUGACUCCAAUGGACUCAUUGAGCGAGUGGUGAAACUAGGUCCCAUUGCGGAUUUGAGACAACUGAGGGAUAAGCACCUCUACAAUAUUGCCCCACUGCGUCACAAACAGGGAUUACAGCUCUACUACGACGAGGAGGACACCCAUUCGGAUGAGGAGCGCAUAGCGGUGGCCACCGUUUUUGGCUUGAAUUGGGGCAGACGUGGAUCUGUGGGUCCAGCGGCGGCGGGAAAACAGCAAGUGGAGCAAAAGGAUCGCCUCGCUUUGGAUAUUUCCCUGCUGAAGAAGCAGUAUGAUCGGUUAAGGGAGCGCCAGAAGCAGGCUCAUGUCAUCUUAACCACUGCGUGCUCAACAGCAGCCCGACAAGGAUCUGGUUCCACGAGCAGCUCCCAAGCGUCCGUGCCAGUGAAUCAGUUGCUGCUAGGUCGACCGGCUAUUGUGACCAACAAGGGAAAACGAGUUGGUGCUCCGAUGGGUGCCAUUCCACCCGCUCGAAAGCCAUCACUUCCUGCAGUUCUUCAUACCAAGCCAGGCACAGAGAAGCAACUGCGAAGGGGAGAGACCCUGCUUUGGAGGGAUACCGACCCAAGCCGAAGGCGACGCGAUAGCUUAACUUGGAAGGAGAUCAAGGCGGAUCGGGCAGCCAUGAUGCGGGAGGGAAUCGAUGUGAGCUCUGUGAAAACCCAAAAGCUUCGCACACGAUUCGGAAAAAGCGAUAGCUCAUCGUACAGCGAAGAUAGCGAUGGAGAGCAGGACGCUGGAACAGGAGGAGGUUCCAGCACGGACACCAGCCUCUGUGAUGAUGAUGAUCCAAAGUCCAUCGAAAAGAGUCCAAAGCACAAGGCAAAGCUGGCACGCAAACUUAAGGAGCAAAAGCAGAUGUCCGGCUCUAGGGACACAAGCUUGGAGCGACAAAGGCCUAAAUCCUGGGCUCCCAGCAGUCAAGAGAUUCCCUUCAUGCUAAUGGGCACGGAUAGUGGUGAUGAAAAGGAGUCGGCAGUAAAAGAAGAGGCAGAUGAUCCAGCUGAGGAUAGUGCCACCGAAAGCGGACGUUUUGGUUUUGACAAGGAAUUGGAUUUGGUUAGCUACAAGCUAGAGCCACUAAAAAUUCACAGCGAAACCGAAAUUCCAGGCAUGACUUCCAUAAGUCCCAUUCCCACGCCCAAAGAAAAGAGUAAAGCUGAAGAGGAUUUGCUGGAAGAGCGAAAGCGUUUCGAUGUGAGCGAUAAUGGAGUGACAAAUCAGUAUUUCGAGAGGGUAAACAGCGUGGAGCGCCCAAACCGUCUGGAACUAUCCUAUUCGCUUAACGAAGAAGAAACGGAUACUAGUGCAAUUUUUAUGGAAGAAAGGGAAAAAGUUGAAGGUCACAGUGGUGAUAGGGAAUAUAAAUCCAUUCCUCCACUCUUCACAAGAGAGGACGAUCAUAGUGUACAGGUGGCUGGCAAAGUGCCUCAGAUUCGGGACGACAACAUUCCGGGUGAGAACAAGGACGACUACAAAGAACUCCUGAACAUGACGAUAGAGGACAAUACGGUGUAUAAGCCUCCACCUCCCACAGCUAGCAACUUGAGUAAUGCCAGCCGAAAGAGAAGAGAUCCUCGACGCAAAACACUGACCCGCUCAUCCACCAUUGAAAUCGAGGAACGAUAUCAGGCACUAGAGCGAAGGAUCAGUCAGGAUCAACCAGAUAGACAGUCCAAGUACAUUCCUAGCACUGCUGCUCUAGAGGAGCGCUUCAACACCCUUGAAAAGCAACUAAGUGCCGAGAAGCAGCGCAAGGAACUUCCCGAAAUGGAAACUGACUAUCCCCCUAAAUCUGAGAGAAUACCCUCCACCGCUGACCUCGAGACGCGCUUCAAUUCCUUGACAAAACAAAUGAGUUCCAGUGAAUCUAGUUCCAAAGCACCCAUUGAUCUUAAGGAUGAGGAAUCUCCAAGUGGCAGCAGUCCCAAGGAGCAAAGAGAUAGCGAGAAAACUAGCAAGCUGCAUAGUUCCGAAGAGACUCAAUCUGAUACAAAAGAAACUUCAGAAAAAACAGAAGCCAGCGAUUCCAAAGAAAAUAAGAGCGAUGAAAAGGGAGAUGAGCAGCCACGCCUUAAAAAACUUCCAUCAACUGCGGAGCUGGAAGAUCGGUUUAAUGCCUUAGAACGCAAGAUGAGCGUGCAGAAAACGAGCCCAUCCAAAACUAAAAAGGAACCACCUGAUGAGGAAGAAACAAAGGCUGUUGAAGAGCCAGAAGAGUCCGAAAAGGUAUCAGAGAACUCAAAAGAUAGUCACUCAACCACAGAUACAAAGGAUCGACGAAAAAGUGAUCAGAAAAAGCCUGAAACUAAGGAGGUCCCUAAGUCUCCAACACAAAACCAAGAACAGAAAGAUAAGCCCAGAAAAGUUGAGUCACCCAAACGGGAAGAAAAAUCAAUUAAGGAGAACACCAAAUCGUCGGAGGAUUCUCCUAAGCCAGUAAGUUCUCCAGCCGAAAAACAAAAAACUAACAAAAAUGCGGAAGCCAAUAAGAAAACUGAUUUGGAAGAGGAUGACCUGGUAAAGAAUACAGAGAAGGUUGAACCAUCUAAUAAACCCGACUCCAAAACUAGCGAAACCUCAAAACAAACUGAUUCUAAAAAGGAAGAACCUGCUAAGAAAAUGGUUUCAGAAAGUAAUAAGUCCGAUCAGAAAGCAUCCUCUGAAGACAAAUCAUCCACCAAAGAACAAGAACCGGCAAAGACUCCUCGGAAAUCUCCGCCCUCCACAGAAGAACUAGAAAAGCGUUUCAAUGCCUUAGAAAAGCAGAUGAGCACUACCAACUUGGAAACAAGUAAGGAGCCUGAUCAAGCAAUGCCAUCAGCUAAAAAUCAAACACCAAAAGAAGAGGAAAAGGCACAAAAGUCUAUGAAAUGCUUUGAUGACAAGAUUAAGGAAGUUAAUACAGCAAUUGCAAUAGAGCAGAAGAAAGUUGAAGAGGAAGAUCAGGCGGAGAAGAAGCAUAAGGGCUUUGGGGAAAGCUGCAAGGCUGUCAACGAGAAGUUGGAAGCCCCCAAAAAGGGGGCUUCCGAAAAACCAGAAGAGAGUCAACAAAAGGGAAAGAAUCAGAGAAGAGCUUCGGAACCACCAUCUACGGAGGAUCUGGAAAAGCGAUACGAAACCUUAAAGCGGCGCAUGAGUAGCAAGAAUCAUUUCAGUGAAACUGUUGAUGAAGCUCUUGAACGGAUCCAACAGGAGGUGAUCUCAGAGUCCGUGGAGGAGAAAAAACCUCCACCGUCGACGGAGGAUCUGGAAAGUCGAUUUGAUGCACUGCAUGGGGGUGAGAAAAAUAAGCCUUCGACUACUCAACCCAAGCAUGUAGAUGUGGCAAUCGAGGCGCACAUUCCAGAUCCACCUCCGCCGCCUCCACCACCAAAAGAUCGCCCUGUCCUGGCUGAACCCGUUCUUCACCAGCAACAGGCUCUCAUCGAAGAGCUGCAGAGUAAGAUGCGAGGCCAAUCACCCGGCGAGGAGAACCUGAAGCCCAGCGAGAUAAACCCACAAAGGAGACAGAGGAAUCUACUCCAACGACCCACGCCCAUGGGCGAUGAGACAUCGGAAGCACCUGCAAACACGGCUUACUACAGAGCAGCAAACCAUGACCAAUGGCAACAGCGCAUGGUGCGUCGGUUCUCUGAUUUACCCUCCCGGGCCGAUCUGGAGAACCGAUUGCAGUUCCUGGAGAGGCAACUCUACAAGAAGUUCUACAAGCAGCGCUGUGCAAGUGAUUCCGAAGUUGCAUCGAAGGUCAAACUCCCGCCCGAUGAGCAGCCCAGCACCUCCCGUCAAGCCAGGGCAUUGGAGGCCGAAGGACAACUGGAACAACGUGUCCUGGCACUUGAAAAACAACUAAGUGAGAACAGUCUCAAGUUGCUGGAAGCGAUGAGGGAACGUCAGAGGUCAGCAGUUCAGCAGAGUGAUGACACCGGAUCCCCCAGGCGCUUGAGCACAGAGACGAUCGACGCUACUGGCAAGGAGCUGGUUCGAUAUACCCAGAACAUUGGUGAGCUGGAGGAAGUGGACGCCCACAAACCCAUAAACAUUAGCAUCAACAUUAAAAUGAUGGUCAACAAGGAUGGUGAGUCCAAGCAGCCAAAGGGUGAGGCCAAGCCCACGACAGAAGAUCUAACACGUCGCCUGGAGCAAUUGGAGCAGCAAUUGCUAGAGGAACGGGCUAAAAACGGCUCGAUCCCAUCCGAAAAUGAAGGAGCGGAGCUAAAAAUUGAAAAACCUGAAGAAAGUGAUGCUUGCAAAAAGCAAGAGAAGAACUGUCACAAUCAACACGUUAAAAGUGAUGAGGCUGAGAAAGUAGAAGUGCCUGUUGAGAAAAAACUUGAACCAGAAGCAGCCAAGGAAACCAAAACUCUUGAAAACGAAGAGAAGGCACAGGCUCGAGCCAAAGAGGUGGUAACAGAAAAAUCUGUUAAAGAGGAGAAAACUGUCGUUGACGAAAAACUAGGAGGAAAGGAGGAGGUUCCAGUAAAACCUAAAUCUCCAGCUAAAGAAAAGCCAGAAGGUGAUUCUAAAAAGAAAUCGGUGGCAGCCAAAGUUGACGCUAAAAAGGAACCAUCCACCCAAGACAAACCUCUAGAAACCAAGUCCGACAAGUCAUCCACUAAAGAACCCAAACCUAAGGAAGCUCCUACUGAAGAAGCAAAAAAGAAAAUUGAAAAUCUCAAAGCUGAGUCUAAACCAAAGGAAACACCUUCAAGCACCAAAUCAGAAAAUACGAAAUCUGAAACAAUCAAAUCAAAGGAAUCUUCUUCGGACACCCCAAGCAAAGAAUCAACCAAAAAACUGCCAGAAAAGAAAGAAACGAGUAAAGACUCCUCUUCCAAAGAACUGCCCGACAAAAUGGUGAUCAAUGCCACCGAUCUGGGACCCAUGGAUCCCAACAGCAAAACAGUGGUACUGCUAAUGGACAACGAGCCGAGAGCCUCGAAGGUUAGAAGAUUAACUAGAGCUAACACUGAGGAGCUGGAAGAUCUUUUUCAGGCCUUAGAGAAACAGCUCAAUGAUCGCAAUCUCAUCAAAUCCGAAGAUGGUCGCCUGAUACGCGUAGAUAGCAAACCAAGUGCUGAGCAGGUGGAGCAAAGUCAAGCCAUUUCUGAUCUCACAAAGGAAAUCGAAGAUUUUACCAGCGCCAAACCAGAGGAGAAGGAGAAGCCCAAGGAGGCAACAAAAGAAGGCAAGACAGAGCCUGAAGAACCCGAGGACUACGACUGGGGACCCAAUACUGUAAAACAUCACCUGAAACGCAAAACAGUUUACCUGCCCUCCACCAAAGAGCUUGAGUCUCGCUUCCGUUCAUUGGAACGUCAAAUCAAACUGCUUGAAGAUGUAGAAAAAAUAGACGUGGAGCAGCGGCUAAAUGAAAUCGAGCGGAAAAUUAAACUACAGUACUCACUGUCACACGAGAAAGACUUAAACAAGUACUUGGAGCUGUGUGAAGGUAAGGGUCUGGAUGAUGAUGAACCACUGCCUGUGGAAACACCUACGAAGGCAGAGGAAACUGUCACAGCCAGAGAUCGUUCCCGCAGUCCUGGACGCAAGGUGACAACUAAAUCUCCGUAUACUUCUCCAUCCCGGAAGGCUGCCACUAAAUCUCCCUACACCUCACCUUCUCGAAAGGCUACCAAGUCACCCUAUACUUCGCCUUCCAGGCAGCAGAGAUCACCUUCUCCAGCUCGUUCACCGGAAAGGAAGUCCAAAAAGAGUCCCUACACUUCACCAGCCCGUCGCAAACCACAUCCUAACGAUCUUCCCAUUUCCGAUGACCUCGAGUACAAGUAUCGGGUUCUGGAUUUGGUAAGAUCGAAGUCCAAAGAAAACUUGGCCAAGCGAAUGAACGACCCGAACAGAAAACCGGCUAUUCAUCCUCUCGAAAUGAUUCUGAGCCCCAGUCCAGAUGAAGAUGCAAUACCAACAACCGGGGAACUGGAGCACAGGAUACGUGUCCUGGAUGAAAAGCUGAAAUCGCCAGCCAAGACCCGGCCCAAGUCGCGCUCUCGAUCGCCCACCAUCGAUGACAUUAAACGGCAAAAAAUGAGGGAUGAGCAAAAACCCAGGACACCUGUGCACAAUCUAGAAAGAAUAGUCAGUUCACCUGGAAGACCAGAACCACCCACUGCCGAACAGCUCGAGGAGCGUAUACGGAUCCUGGAGCAAGAACAUAAGUUUGACUUUAAAACCCAGAAGGACUACAAGGCAUUCAAUCAAAAGCUCAAGGACGUCAUUUCACCCUCGCUCUCCUUCGAGGAAUUCCGUGCUGCCAAGUCCCGAGAGCAAAGCCCCCGCCGCCAUGGCGCCACUACUCCCAAGUCUGCCCUGCGUCGCGACGAUUUCGAUGAGGCCUACUCCAGCGGCACCACAACCCACUACCGCCCAACCAGUCCCAAGGUCAUACGAUUCCGGGACGAAGACGAAGAUGAUGACCAUUUCGAGGAGGCGCCCAGGUCGAAGUCACGACAGACCAGCGAUCGAAUGGUGGGCAGCACUAAUAGCGUUUUGGACUGUAUAUCGGAGAAUACUAAAAUUCUUCAACGUAUUCUUAAGAAGACUCUUGCAGAUCAACCAUCGGCCACUCGCAGCUAUGCCAGCAGCUCGGAGGGUCUGGACGCCUUGGGUAGUCGUCUUAUGAGGGAAACCUCCCCGAUUACCCGAACCGGAACCCACACGGGCGUACCACUGCGAACGGGGGAGAACAUCAACGACCGUCUAAGUUCGAUCAAGAACUCCAUAAAAUCGAUAGACACCCUAUGCGAGGAGAAGCCCUACCAGAAGGAGAAGUGCCAGCGGUACAUCGAUUCACUCUUUUCGGACUCACUGCAUUUCGCAAGUAAGAAAAGUUCUCUGGAGGAUCUCAGUCUAAGCAGGAGUCUAAGUCGCAGUGAGAGCAGGGGAAGAAGCAUUCACAGAUCCGGAGACUAUGCUCCAUCGAUAAGGAUUACCUCCGAGCAUCGAUCUCUGGGCUCGGCGGAAUCUCGCAGGAGUCCGCUGGGCAACCGGGAAACGAGUCCGCUGCACCAUCGAUCGCACAGGGAGGUGAGCCGGGAGCUGUCACCGCGUCGAAGGCGCUUGGAAGAGGAGGAUGAGGAGCGUAAAGAUCGGGAGAGCAGUAGGGUAAGACGUGAUAACUUGUUGCCAAAUUAUUUUGCUGAUAAUCGUAGCGAACUAAGUAGCGGGAGUAGUUUAACCGGGUUUAACCACAAAGUAGAUAGACAACUAGAAGAGACGUGCGCCAAAUAUGCGGACGAUCGACGCUCGGCCUGUCGCACACCGUUGAGCCACCCGUUCGAGUCCCGCACCACAGCCACACGCCACAGCCACACAGAUCCAGUCCAGAUCCAAGCCACCGCAACCGGAACAACCGAUAGUUUCCCUCGGCCCGUGUCGCCCUAUCGCCAGCCGUAUGAUCCCUAUCAUCGUUCCCCCGGUGGUGCCGGCAGCACACCCCUCUAUCAGCCCGGCAAGCUUGAGAUUCGCCACACCACCGUAACCUCGACCUUCUACGAUCGUUUCCUGACCGAAAAGCAAAUCGAACGGCAGACCAACUCCCGUCCGCCCAGCCGCUCGCCAGUGGUUUCGCCCUCGGUGCCAGCCAAAAGCUACAUGGACUUGUGCAGCACCACUUCAGCCACAUCCAGCACCACUGCUUUUAGCACCACCUCUUCAUUCAUGUCCAGCAGCUAUGCAGGACCCUCCUUUUCGCUGCCCUCGAGCAGUAACUAUUCCUAUUUGAACCCGGGGGGUUCGGGCAUCUCCUCCUCCAUUUCGCCCAGGGCCAGUUGCUCAGAUCUCCGCUCCACAACCACAGCCUCAUCCCUUACCACCACCACGACUACCCCAUCCACAACCACCUCUUCUUACGUGCCCUAUAAUUUCAGCAGCUCUUUCACCUCUCGUUUAAGCGAACCCAUUACCACUUGCUCUGCUAGCGUAGUGAGUACUAGUUCCCUCACCCAUUCCACGGGGGUCUACAAUCCCAUGAUGUCGUUCACGCUGAGGGAACCCCUCGCCAGCAGUUCCCUGGGUGGUUCAAGUGCCUCUCCCUUGCUUCCGUUUCAGUUUAAUAGAACUUUCACUUCCAACUUCGACAAGGAGCAGAACAAACAGUAAAGAAGGAGUCACAUCAAUCGUUAACCGAAGGUUGUCCAUAAACAUAAAAAGCCCCCCUUAAAAACCUCUUUCCACACCAAAAUCGAUAAAGUACUCGAAGAAAUCAAGCUCAAAACUUAUUAUACUGAGAGAAAAAUCAGUCUAAAAUAACUACUAAUUUUAAAAAAUAUUUAUUAAACAAAAUUAAACUGUUGAAGUUUAUUUCUUAGGAUUUAUUCUAGGAAUGGAAGAAAUGUUUUUUGGAGAUUAUAUUCUAUUAAAAGAUACUUAAAUGGCCCUUGUGUUUGUUAAUACUAAAUAAUACGUAAAUAUUCAGCUCUUAAUAAUUAAUUAUAAAAUCAGACUUAGAAAUCAACGUUGAAUGUUGCUACUCCCUGUAUUACAUUAUAUUUUCAUGAUUUUAGAUCGGUUUUUAUCUCAGUAAACUUAACUCUCGCUAAGCAAUAUAAAUAUAGUAAAUAUAAUAAACAGUUUUAGGAAAAGGUAAACCCAACAACAUAUAUAUAUAUCUAUAAACAUAUACAAAAUCUUGCAAAUCGGAUAUUUACUCUUCAAGCAACUCUUGCACCAAACCAUUUUGGCUUCUUGCAACUUACCUCAUCUACAUUGACAGCACCAGCAACUCAACUGAUCAUAACUUAGCAAAGAUUUUUAUACUAUAUAUACAUAUAUACUAUAUAUAUAUCUACGUAUAUGCAGAAAGUAUAGCUAUCGAAAAUGUAACCAAAUGUGAAGAGGGCAAAAUGUUAUUCCAUCUUUUUUCCGCGUUAACUAAAGUUUAACUCUAAAUCCUUUUAGCCAGAACACGCAAUUAAACUAAAAACUUUUCCUUAAUAUUAACUAAUCAAUUUACACGGUUUACACUAGACAACAACAAAUACCCAGAUAAAUAAAAAAACACACACACACACUUUGAAAAGGUGUAAAACUUUAAGUGCAUUUUUGGGCCGAGUUAGUCGAGGACACUAAAACAUAUUGAUUAAUCAAUCAAAUUACGUUAACUGACUGACACGAGCCGUAAAAUUAGUUUACCAAUACCAUUGUUAAAUAUACACGCAGCCAUAUGUAUAGAUAUAUGUACCUAUACCAAUUGAACGAUAUAUAUUGUAUUUGAUUACAUACCGAUUGCAGUUGUUGAAUUUCAAUUAUGCAAAAGACACGAUAACGAUUAUGAAUAAGCAAGUAAAUGCUAGCCCAAAUGCAAAUGGCUUUAGGAACUAUUAUCAAUCGCGGCAGAGGAGCCGAAAA